CCCUCGCGGGUAGGUUCGAUCCUGCUCAAAAUGGUGAGUCAAGUCCGUCCGGUGUUCGAGUCGCGAUGUGUAGCAAAGUGCCCGUCGUUGUGAUUCUUGGUGCCACGGGAACUGGGAAGUCAAAACUGAGCAUCGAGAUCGCCAGGAUGUUCCGAGGCGAAGUCAUAAGCGCGGAUUCUAUGCAGGUGUACAAAGGGCUCGAUAUCAUCACGAACAAGGUGACGAGGGAAGAAAGACAGAUGGCACCUCACCACCUCAUCGACUUUUUAAGCCCGGUGGAAAAGUACAAAGUCGUCGACUUCAGGGACAAGGCCCUGCCGAUUAUAGAACGUCUCAGGUCCGAAGGGAAGCUGCCGAUAGUCGUCGGAGGGACGCAUUACUACAUCGAGUCACUACUCUGGAAAGUCCUCAUGGAUGGGCUGCCUUCCGAUGCUGACAAAGUCACCUUGGAGAUAUGCCUCCAGGACAUUCAGGAUUGGUCGGCCUACUGCGAUUCCAUCUUGUCAAAGUGUCUUGAAUCUGGCGUGGAGUUUCCGGAAAACGAGCUUAGCAAAUAUGAAAGGUCGAUGAACACUCUAUUCUCCGAUGUUAAGUCCCGAUUUCCAGACGAGAAGAAACUCGGGUUCGAUAAGCUCUGGGCCUUGAUAGACGGAUUGACGACAGACGAGAAGAUCAAAGAAAGGGAGGAAAGUUUUGAAAAAUGCCUCUCGCUCAUUCGCGCCGUCGUGUCGAACGUUUUGCACACCGUCGGCCCCCAGUUGGAUCUUCAACCGGAGCGUGAAAUUGAAAAUUUGGUCGAUUCAGGGAGCGCCAAACUCCACGAGAAACUCAAAAAAUUGGAUCCUGAAAUGGCCAAUUCUCUGCAUCCGAACAACAAGAGGAAGAUAAUAAGAUCACUCCAGGUCCUAGCACAGCAGGGCAGGAAGUUUUCUGACAUCCUUCAGGAACAGCAAAACUCCGGAGGGUCCUACUUGGGCGGACCGCUUAGAUUCAAAGACGCCAUCAUGCUAUGGAUUCAGUGUCAAGAGGAUGUACUGAAUAAGCGGCUGGACGAAAGGGUGGACGACAUGGUGUCCAGAGGGCUUCUGAAGGAGUUGGUUGAUUUCCACGAGACGUACAACAGGACGAGGAUCGACGACAUGGAUACAUCGACUGCUUAUACACAAGGAAUAUUCCAAUCAAUUGGCUUCAAAGAGUUUCAUGAAUAUUUGAUUCUGCCUGCUGAAGAAAAGGACACACCAAAGGGGCAGACACUCAUCGAAGAGGGAAUCUCGGCGCUGAAGACUGUCACGAGGCGAUACGCCAGGAGGCAAAAGAAAUGGAUCAACAAUCGCUUCUUAAAAGCAGCCGGAAGACAGGUGCCACCAGUGUAUGCCCUGGAUGCAACGGAUCUUUCGAAAUGGGACGAACGUGUCUUCAGACCGGCUGAAGCGAUCCUCAGGAAGUCUCUCAACCCACAAUCCGACAUCCAAGCACCUGAACCGCUUGCAAGGGUGGUUGAAAAUACAAAAAUUGACAUUCGAGUUCUUAAAGGAGAUCACUUCUGCGAUAUCUGUCAAAGGAUAUUCAUAGGUCAACUACAAUGGGAAAGUCACAUGAUGUCCAAAAAACACCAAAAAAUGGUUAAAAAAAGAGAGCAAGAACGAUCGGAAGAAGUUCACAAACGAUCCAAAGAAUAAAACUUGCAAAUAUUUGUAUAUCCUCUUGUUUUUAUAUGCUAAGUUACCUAAUUGUACAUAAAUUUU